AUGCAUUCAAAUCGCAUAUUUCAUUCUUCACAGAGAUCAAAUCAAGGAAAAAGCAUUCAGGUUAAAAAAGACAACUCAUUCCUGAGAAUUGGAAGUCUCCGGAUCGGGAGUCUACUUGGGGUCAACACGAAGAUUCCUCAAAGUCCCCAUCACCAACAAAUACGAUCUAACAGGGUUAGUGCACCACCAUCAUCAUUUGACAUUAAAUUGCAUAAGAAUUGGGGAUCAGCAGAUAACGUACUUCCACAUUCAGGACAAGAAACGAUGGGGCCACCAAAAUAUUCUGUGAAAAAGAGAAGACAGAAACGAGAUUUGCCAGAUUUCCCACUGCCAAUGAUGGAAUGCCAUUCAAUGCCUACAACACCGAAUUUAGAAGGUCGUCAUAAAUCUACUGAUGGCUCAUCCGAUCAUGAUUCAGAUUCUAAUUAUGGAUUCGACAAUAACUGGGGAUCGUAAACUAUUUCGUCAAGUAUAUCAGUCGUAAAUCCUAAUUACCAUUUCUAUAUGAAGCUGAAAAAACUAUCAAAAAAAGAUAUUUCCAAUCAAAAUCUCAUAAAACAGAAAUGAUUGCUUGAAAAAAUUUUAAUGAAACUUUUUUAUUUCUUCUAUUUAUUCAAUGUAUGAACAGUUUCCAUUCUUAAUCCAAAUUUAACAUAUUGCAUUCUUAUCUUUCCUUGUUUGUUUCUUUUUAUUUUUAUUAUGUUUUUGAGUGAGAUUUAAAGAAGUUAGGUACAAAUAUUUCAAUUUUGAGCUCAAAAAUCAGAUCUGACUUUGAAGGAUCCUCAAGAAUUUAUCAAAUCUAAUUUCAUAAAAUUUUGAAUGCGUUUUGAAUUGUCCGUGUUAAAAGUUUGAUAAAAAUUAAAAAAAGAAAAUGUAAUAUAAUGUUUUGUCGUUAUAAUUGAAAUUUAUAUAAAGUUUGAUCACUAACAUUAAUUUAUGCUCAGCUCAUAAUGUUAAGUGUACGUUGAAGUUACGCAAGCGUGUUAACGUAAGCUACAUAUUAGAAAUUUACGUUUGAAGGAAAAUAAAACGUCAGAUUAGACUUUUCCAAUUGUUAGAAGCUAACGACAAAGCAACAUAUACAUUAAUCUACUUAUGUAUGAGUAUCACUCAUAAGUAUUAUCAAAUAAAGAUUUUU